CGUUACCCUGCGGGAGGCUGUGUGCCCUGCUCGCUCUCCUCCCGGCAUUGGCGGCGCCCCCUCUGGCGACUUGAGCUCGCUGGGCGAGGUCCCCUCCGAUAGGCAGACCGUAGUCGAAACGACAAGACGGGUAGAUCUUGCUAAGGCAAAGGCGCGCUCCCUCCAUGGAAGUGGAAGAAGCAGGAGAAUUGGAGACCGCCGGCAAGGACGUGGCGGAGGCGGAGUACCAUUCGCACGACUUCGAGUGGGAGGAACUCAAGGAGGAGGUGGAAUCUGGACCUGCCUUCUCCUACCACCUCUCCCCUUUUCCCGAGCCCGCCGCGAGUACCACCUCGCCGCCGCAGCUCUCGUCGGAGGCCUGGAGAAGCUUCCACCGUCGCCACGCGUCCGGAAAGUUCUUCAAGGAAAGGAGGUAUUUGCUUAAGGAAUUUCCUGAACUUUGUAGCAGCAAAGAUCAUGCUAAGGUCUUAGAAGUGGGGUGUGGGAAUGGAAGCACUGCUGUUUCCAUUCUACGGUCUAGUGAAAGGAUCACUGUCUUUGCUUGUGACUGUAGUAAAGACACUCUUGAGAGGGCAAAUGAAAUUAUAUCCAACACAAAAGGGAUUGAUAUCAAGGAUAGGUUCCACCCCUUUUUAAUGGAUGUUUCUAAAGAAACUUUCCCAGAUUGGUUAUUCUGCAAAGCCUGUCAAUGUUCGCUGGGAAAAGAUGCUGCACUUUUACUUGAUCCAAGUCACCAUGGAAUUAGAAAAGAGCACCCAGUCUUCCUUAGAGAGAACCAAUGUUGUGCUGGUGGCAUGGAUUUUAUUACCAUGAUAUUCACACUGUCAGCCAUACCCUUCGACAUAAUGCCAACUACUAUAGAACAAUGUGUUUCUGUUCUGAAACCAGGCGGCCUUCUUCUGUUUAGGGAUUACGGUCUUUACGACAUGACAAUGCUUCGGUUUUUACCUCAUCAAAGAGUAGGGUUUCGGGAAUAUAUGCGAUCAGAUGGUACCUUUUCAUAUUUCUUCUCAUUGGAUACUGUGAGAGAACUCUUUCAUGCUGCUGGGUUAGUAGAGUUGGAGCUGGAAUACUGCUGUGUCAAGUCCGUGAACCGAAAGAAAGGGAAGACGAUGCAGCGGGUAUGGGUGCAUGGCAAAUUCCAAAAACCACCUACCUGACACCAGUUAGCUGUGGAGGUAGUAGCAACAUAGGCCAGGUAGUUUUCUCGGCCACUUUGGUGUUGCAACAAAGCGCUGUAACAGUUUUGUAACCACAAACUUUAAUGCCAUGGAAAUUCUGUUCCCCUGCAUCAACACUAGCCAUUCUGAGUCCCUUGUGUUGACUGCUUGACCACUCCCGGACUCUAUUUCAUAGUUGCAUGUUAGCAACUCACAGGUGGAUAGGGACCUGUUUGAAUGAAGCAGUUUUCAAAAACUGCUGUAUCAAAAAACUAUGGGUUUAUAAGCUAAUAAAAAGACGCAGACCUAUGGUUUAGAGAAAAAAAAGUUUUGACAAAAUCAUUGUUUUAGAGCUACAAAAUUUGCUGCAUCCAAACACCCAGUAGCCUUUGAAAACCUAAGUAUUUUGCAAAACCACAGUAUUUCUCCAAAAUUUGUUGUAAAACCAGUACUUUGCAUCUGUUUGCGUUGGAAUGUAAAUGAGAAUGUAAAUGGGCGAAUGAACAGUUGUUUUCAUUGAUCUUGUGAUGUAUAUUUAUACAUCCGUACGGACGCCAUGGGGAAGUGCUCGCAGGCAACCGCCAUGGCGCCGACGGUUCGUUCCGAA